GUCCGCAUCGACCUCCACUAGAGCCUGAAGACUCAUCAGACAGACAUAGACGCGCGCACACAGGGAGAGAGAGACAUGGCGACGCCGAUGGAAGAGGAGGUGCCGGAGGCGGCGGCGCCGGUUGUCGGGGGAGGGGACGACGUGGAGGUGCCCGCCGCCCCGUCCUCGGACUCCGACUCGGACUCGUUGGACUCCGACGACGACGGGGCGGCCGGCGCGGACGAGCUCCGCAUCCAGGCCCUAGAGCAAACCCUCCAGGAGCAGCCUCUCGACUAUGAGACCCACGUGCAGUAUAUCCAAUGCUUGAGGAAGUCAGGAAACAUUGAGAAGCUUCGUGUGGCAAGGGAAGAGAUGAACAAGCACUUCCCGCUUACCCCAAAGAUGUGGCAGGAGUGGGCGAAGGAUGAGAUCUCAUUGAGCAUGAGCGCCAAAUCUUUUGGUGAUAUUGAAAAACUCUAUGAGCGUGGGGUGCAAGAGUAUCUGUCCAUUAAGUUAUGGCGGGAUUACCUUGAUUAUAUUGAAGAGCAUGAUCCGUCAGUGUCUCAGUGUUCACCAUCUGGCCUCUCCAAGAUGAGAGAUUUGUUUGAGCGUGCUAUUACUGCUGGGGGGCUGCAUGUAACUGAGGGCAGCAAACUAUGGUCAGCUUAUAGAGAAUACGAGAUGGCCAUUUUGAUCACCAUUGCUGAAGGCAAUGAUGAGGAAAAGGCAAAGCAGGUUCAGCGCAUACGCACGCUCUUCCACCGCCAAUUAUCUGUUCCUUUGGCUGAUAUGGAAUCAACACUUGUUGAGUAUAAGAGCUGGGAAGCCGAGCAAGGCAAUGCAAACGAUCCAGGUUCUGAUUUUGAUGGUGUUCCCUCAAACGUCGUAAAUGCUUACAAAAAGGCCAAUGAUAUGUACAAUGAAAGAAAGAAAUAUGAGGAUCAACUAAGCAAUGUAUGUGCUUCCGAAGCUGACAAACUGCAGGAGUUUCUGACAUACAUCAAAUUUGAGGAGUCUUUCGGUGGCCCUGCUCGUGUUCAAGUUCUUUAUGAACGAGCUGUUUCAGCGCUUCCUGUUUCAAGUGAUAUAUGGAUGGGAUACACAAGUUACCUGGAUGGAACCCUGAAGGUGCCUUCCAUUCUUAGAAGUGUUUAUCACAGAGCCACACGAAACUGUACAUGGGUUGGUGAUCUAUGGGUCCGUUAUCUGCUGUCUUUGGAGCGUAUUCGUGCUUCUGAAGAGGAGCUGCGGCAUGUAUUUGAACAGGCAGUACAAUGUUCGUUCCCAACCAUAAAAGAGUAUCUCGACGUUUAUCUUACUCGAGUUGAUAGUUUAAGACGGAGGAUUUCAGAUGGAUUGGAUUUCCAACUGAUUAGGCAGACAUUCAUGGAUGCUGCUGAAUUUCUCUCACCUCAACUGGGAAUUGACGAGUUGUUGCUCUUUCACGCGUAUUGGGCCACAUUAGAGCGUAAUCUUGGCAAAGAUCUAACUGCAGCUCGUAGAGUUUGGGAAAACAUUCUCAAAAAAAGUGGGUCUUUUCUGGAAGUCUGGCAGCACUACAUUUCAAUGGAGAUAGAAAUGGGGCAUAUACAUGAGGCGAGAUCACUUUAUAAGCGCUGUUAUAGCAAAAAAUUCGCUGGGUCUGGAUCAGAGGACAUAUGUCAUGCGUGGAUAAGAUUUGAAAGGGUGCAUGGCACCUUAGAUGAUUAUGACCUUGCUCUAAAAAAGGUCAUCCCUCGGUUAAAGGAGCUUUUGAUGUUCAAGGCUCAACAGGAGGCUAAAGUUGAGGCUUACUCUGUCCCCAAUGAUACUUCUAAUGCAAAUGAUUCCUCUCAGAAAAGAAAACCAAGUAAAAUGACCAGUAAACAGCAGCCCCCUGCUAAGAAAAGGAAAGAGAAUCCACCUAAAAGCACCAUGUCAUCGGAUGACCAAGGACCAAAGGCACAAAGCGGAAAUAGUGGGGCUGUAGAAGUUGGAGAGGUUAGCAGGGAGAAGGUUGAGGCAUCUCUGGAAAUGAAAGUGGACGGUGAGAGCCGAACAAGGAAUACAAGUUCAAAUGAACCAAAGCCAUACUUCUACAAUGACAAGUGCACGGUAUUUGUGUCAAAUAUAGAUUUGAAGGCAAAUGAAGAGCACCUCCGACAUUUCUUUUCUGACAUUGGUGGCGUGACAGCAAUAAGGUUGCUGAAGGACAAAAUCACCAAAAAGUCAAGGGGGUUGGCCUAUGUGGACUUUUCAGACAAUGAGCAUCUUGAGGCUGCCAUUAAGAAAAACAGGCAGAAGUUGCUCGGAAAGAAAGUGAGUAUCGCUCGUUCAGAUCCAAGCAAGAGUAAGAAGAGCCGUGAAGCAGGCCCUUCCUCCAAAGGCCAGGAUAAAUUGUCUCAGAGUGGUGAUGAUGGUGCAAGCGCACCAGGAUCCAGUAGACCAGACAAGGAAAUACCCAAAGGUGACAUGGAAAUCACAGGGAAAAACACCUUCGCUGCACCACGAGCCGUGGUUAAACCUCUUGGAUGGACCCAAAGGGAUGAGAAAUCAGAUGGUGGCGCAGGAGAGUUGAAGUCAAAUGAGGAGUUCAGAAAUCUAUUACUUAAGAAGUGAUGUUGAUAGGCAGGUGCGUGGAUCUCCACAUUACCUUCCAGCUUGAUCUGUCUAGAUUUCUGGUGGCUUCAUGCUUAUGUUAGACGGAAUUUGUUCCACUUUCGACUAGGGAUCCACAAUCGUUCUUGAACAGAAUGGAGACUGUGCCUUCCAUUGAAUCAAGUUAGCACCUGGGAAUUCAGAAUCAUUGGCCAAGAGCAAUGAGUAUUUCUUUUAACUAAGGGAGAUUAUAUGCAAUGUAGAAACUAGUCUUUGGCUGGGAUUAUGUACGUGACGUUGCGUCGGAGCGGAAACGCCUGCCCAUCUAAAUCGAAAACAAUGGUCGUAGCAGAUAAGGGUUCUUUAUCAUCGGCAGUGCGGCGUAAACAUCUCAGCGUCUAAAAAAAGAGUAAUAUUUUGUAUACAUAAUGUUUGGAGUAGAAAUUUUUGCUAUUAUGCUCAAA